AUGGGCGACAACCCCCCCCACUUCGACAACAACGCAUUCAACACAACCAGCCCAUCCAGCCCAUCAUCAUACCUCGGGCGCAGCCCACCCAGCUUCAGAACCGGCUUUGUUGAUCCUAACUUCGACGUCGCACGUAUCGGUCCCUAUCUUGGCCCGGAGAUCGAAGCGGAACUACAAGCUGCGCGUGACGCGAGAGCAUGGAGGAUUGAACAAGGUGUUAGAGAGGAGUUGGCCCAGGAGCCCUACGGAGGGGAGGAGUUGGCUCAGAAGGCCUACGGAGGAGAUUUUCUGGCUCAGCAGGCCUACGGAGGAGCCUACACCUAAGAGUCGCUGGCUCUGCCACCCUACGGAGGAGAGUCGGUUGCGCCCCUCGUUCCGGAAGAGAGUGUUGAAGAUAGGCUGGGAUAUCUACUGACCGAACC